UCAGAUGGUUUGAAAAUUCAAGGGCGGAAUCUUCGAAGCCACAGAGCUAGAAAGGGAUAGAGUGGUGGCAAGGAACCGAAAUACUUGUAAAAGCGAGCUAAACGAAUAAAUGAAAGAAUAAUCAAAUUAUAUCUCAUCAAUCGUUAUACAAAUACGUAAUUUUGGAUACUGCAUAGGCUUGAGGGAUAAUCUGUCUUCUUCCGUCUUAUGAAGAAGGACUCGGCAGCACUCCAAGGUAUACCUUUGAACGAACAAAUUAUUAAGUUUCAAAUUACCCUUUACCAUACUUGCGUAUUUCGUUGCAACCAUGACAUUAGCUUGACUGGGGAGUGUCUCUUUUUGACAAACCGACGUGUAACUUUAUUCAGUGGUUUAGUCAUGUCACAGAAGCAGAUUUACUACUCGGAUAAAUACGACGAUGAAAAGUUCGAGUACAGGCACGUGAUGCUGCCCAAGGAUAUAGCCAAGCGCGUUCCGAAGACGCACCUAAUGUCGGAAACAGAGUGGAGGAACCUCGGUGUCCAGCAGAGUCAGGGCUGGGUGCACUACAUGAUUCACCAGCCUGAGCCCCACAUCCUGCUAUUCAGACGCCCUCGACCGCCUGUGGCCUCACAGUGAUGCACGACAGGAAACCGACAUGCGGCCCAAGUGUAAGCGAGGUGGAUGGGACAGGCCUGUGGAAUCACAGUGCUGUGGGGCGUACCCAGACGUGUCGGCUUUGUCUUGACCCAGGCCAUUUCCCCAAACCCAUUCCAGGAAGCCAGCUAAACCCCAAGCACUUGUGCUAAUGCUGGGUGUUAGUGAGGUGGAAACAGCAUUUGACCCACGGUUUACUCUGCUGAAAGACCUGGGCAUUGUUUAGCCAUUGGAGGGAUGCUGCUUACCUGGAUCAUUUGAGCACUGAUGAACGUGUAAUAUGAUGUUUGUUUACAUUUUGUGUAAUUGAAAUAACACACAAGUAUUUUUAUUGUAUUUUUUCCAUUGGAUGAACUGCAGUGAUUAACCUUUGCCAGUGUUUCUUGUUUGAUUCAUAAUAAAGACUGGAGUCUGAAGUCAUGUUUAUACAGAA